UUGGUCUCGUUCACAGGAACAACAACAACAACCACAAGAAGAAACGAUGGCGAGAACCAAGCAGACCGCUCGUAAAUCCACCGGAGGCAAAGCCCCCAGGAAGCAGCUGGCUACCAAGGCUGCCCGUAAGAGCGCCCCGGCCACCGGCGGCGUGAAGAAGCCUCACCGUUACAGGCCCGGUACCGUGGCUCUGAGAGAGAUCCGUCGGUACCAGAAAUCCACCGAGCUGCUGAUCCGCAAGCUGCCCUUCCAGCGCCUGGUCCGAGAAAUCGCUCAGGACUUCAAGACCGACCUGCGCUUCCAGAGCUCCGCUGUCAUGGCUCUGCAGGAGGCCAGUGAGGCUUACCUGGUCGGCCUGUUUGAGGACACCAACCUGUGCGCCAUCCACGCCAAGAGGGUCACCAUCAUGCCCAAAGACAUCCAGCUGGCCCGUCGUAUCCGCGGAGAGAGAGCUUAAACUGUCUGCUGCUGCUCCACAAAACACAACGGCUCUUUUAAGAGCCACCUCACUGCAGACUAAAGACCCUCUUCCUCUCAUCACACUUUAUUAUUAUUAUUAUUAUUAUUAUUAUUAUUAUUAUUAUUAUUAUACUUAUUAUUAUUAUACUUGACCUCAAAAACUAGGAAGACUAAAUGUGCUCAGUUUUAUUUUAAUUGUCUAAGAUAAAAUGUAGGCAGAAGUGGGUGAAAUAAUGUAAUAUUUCUAAUUAUUAUCUUAUUUGACUAAAUGAUACAAUAGUCUAACUACUGCAGUACCUCCUUUAUCCAGGACAACCUGAUGAUUUCUUAAAUACUUUUGCUACUUUGAUAAGUCACAAUGUGACUUUUUGUCAAAACUCAAUCUAUUACCCUGUUUAUCUAUUUAAGCACAUGUAUCACUGAUUUAAUUUCUGUUCAGGAGAAACUAUGUUGGCCAUGAAACCAACAACAUCUAAGGCCCCAUUUAGAGCCGAUGUUUAGUUCUUCAAUACAAACUACAGAGUGUCUGCCUCUGAUCACCUUCAAUUAUUUAUUAUAGUAUUGAUUGUUACAUAUUUCCAUCCUGUGAUGACUGAAAUCACCUUUAUUUUAACCCUCCUCACUGAAUGAGUGGAUACAAAUGUUUGAAUUGACAUUGUCAUUAAUAUGAAUAUUUGAAUACAUAAUGUUCUUAUAUGAUCUUACUGCAGUUUUAUAAAUUAUUCUGCACACUUAAAAAUCUGUUGUAUGUUAGUGUUAAACACUUUUCGGGUUACUUGGAUCAAUCCCAAAAUAUCGACACUUAGAUACAUUUUAGUUUUUGAAGACUGAUUCCAGCAUCGAUAUGAUUGAUACCAAUAAAUGAUCAGUUUCUCUCUUA